CUAUUGUUUUCAUGUCAUUAUUGCUCUUUCUGCUUUGCUGUAACUAACUCGCUUUUUUUGUUUCGCUUGUGAUGGAAACUGGUCCCUACUUGUAGCUGUCAUUGAAUGCAGUUGUUGAGACAUUCUUAAAGUUAAAACCUGUCGGUCGGUGUUACGAAAGAGUGUAAUCCCACGCUUUGCAGUAUUCUUAAUCAAGCUUUGUUCUGUGGUGGCUACACGAGGCACUAACCUUAAGAUUUAUGCGUAGAUAAUGCAGUGAACAACAACUACAAACCAUCAAGAUGACGGACCAAUCUGUGAAGAACCUGGCCUCUAUUUUCACCCAAUCCAUCCAGUCACCAGGUGGCAUGGGUCGACCAGUGGUAUCCCCCAAACCCGGUGUCGCUGCAAAGCCACCAACCACUUCCAAACCGGGAAAACUUGACUUAACUAACAGCCCUAAAAUAAUUGGCGCCAGCCUCUGCUCGCCCUCCAAUGGCUCUCAUAAUAAGACACCAACACAUAAAGUCUCGCCAACACACAAGGCUGCUUUACCUCUCGGUGGGGCAUUACUAGGACCCAAUCCCAAAGACAUCUUGAAUAUUAAAAACCAUCUUAAAAAACCACCGAUGCCUCGGCCACCGAUAUCAUCGACAGCUUCAGAAGGUAGCAAAGUAGACUUUAAGAGGUCUCUGAGGAAGGCGCCCAUUGCAGUCCCGCCUCCAAAGAUAGGAGGCUCCCAGAAACCCAUUGAAGAAGAGGAGAAUACCGACCCCAAAGAAAACAUCUCCACUUCGAAAUCGGAUGGAGACAGCUCCUCGCUUUCCUCUUUCACUAGUGAUUCAUCCAUCUCAAGACGGGGUUCUUCUGGACGAGGGUCUUCGGGGGCAAGUCCAUGGAACGGAAGCAAGAAGCCGAGAUUAGAACCAUUGCCUCCUCUGGAUGUCCUUGGAGCACCUCCUGCAAAACCAGCUAAACCACCUAGUGUUAAACUCCCUAAAAGUGCUGCGCCCCCUCCUGUAAAACGUAAGAAGCCAUCUGUAACUGCUCCUCCAGAAGAGGAGGCGGGUGAACUUUACGAUGAUGUGGAUCUUGACACAGCAAGAGGAGCAAAUAAGAGAAUUUCACUCAUACCAACGAUGGAUUCUGAUGAAGAAGAGAUUGCAGAAGAUCUCCUCUAUGAUGACACAGAAGUGAUAGCUACUCCGACAUUACCUGAUAUCCCAGUACCUCCUCUGCCAUCUGUCGAGCACAUACCAACAGUACAAGUAAAACAAGCCAGCGUCAGCGAUGACAUACCUCAAGAAAUAUACGAUGAUGUCUCUAUAGAUGGAGAUUGUGAAGAGCUUUAUGAGGCCCUAGAUGUAAGCACUGAGGAUGCUCAAAGAAGACCCUCAAUAGAAUCAGCAGACUCAGGGGAGGCCGCCGCUAAGGCCCCACCUAUCCUAUCACCCCGGAAAAUAUCCUCUCAGAAGAAUAAACAAGAAGAGAAGAUGAGACGAGAAUUAGAGAAACAAGAACUACAAAAGCGUAAGAAGGAGGAAGAGCUUAGGAAGAAGAGAGAGAAAGAAGAAAAAAAGAAGAAGGAAAGGGAAGAGAAAGAAAUUAAGAAGAAGUUUAAUAUUCGAGGUGACAUCCAAGUAGUUGACCAUGGCACGGCCACCCAAGACUGCGGUGCGGAUACUGAGAAGCUGGAUCUGAUUUGUAAGAAAGGAGAGAAGCUUGAGAUCCUCAGACGAGAGGGGAACCCUCCUGGCAAGUGGCUUGCAAGAGACACCCAGGGAAGAUAUGGCUUCAUUGACACUGAUUUCGUAGCCGUUGAUAGUGGAGAUUGUCAAGAAACAUACGAUGAUGUCAUUCCUUGGGACGACAGUGAAUCGGAAGAAGUAGAAGAAGAACAAGAGAUUUAUGAGGCCUUUGAUUAAUCCACCGAUAAUGUCAAAUUAAAAGGUCACUUUUAUAAGGAUCGUUUAUUUUUCUACUACUCUACAAAUCACAGCCAUUCUAUCUUAGUAUCCUCCGAGCAAAUAAUGAGUAUUAUUGUGUAUAUUAUUUGAUUAAUCAACCAAUCAUAGACGAUCUAUUAAAAUGUGCUAAUAUACAGUGGCAUAAACAGACAUUUCCAAAUCGAGGGGCAAGCAGGGACAAAGGUAUUAUUUGGGGGCUAUAAUGUAUCAAACAAUCAAUUUGUGGGUUUUUUCUUCUCAUGGGGUGGGG